GGCAACUGCAGAAAGAUCGGAUAUGAGAAAGACAGAGAAAAAAAUAUCUGCUUUCCUCUGAAAAUACACUACCAACGGCAAAACAAAAGAUCAUUUUUGUCUUGUGGAAAAUGGAGAACCUAACCAAACAAGGAGCAACCACUGUGCUUUAUUUAAAUGAAAGUAGACAAAAUGUUUCAACUGCAGAAAACUUGUGCAACAGCCUUAAGUGCUACAUGGUCCUGACUCAACAAGAGAAGAAAGCUAUUGGCUCAAUCUGCUUCCUGGCUGGUCCUGUGACUUUCCUGGAGAACAUUCUAGUGCUAGGGGUCAUAGCGAGCUCUGCCACCCUGCGCAGUCGCCCAUCAUACCUGUUCAUCAGCAGCCUGGCACUGGCAGACACCUUUGCCAGCUGUUUCUUCACCUUCAGUUUUCUAGACUUCCAUCUUUAUAGUAACAGUGAUAGCCCUAAUACAUAUCUCUUCAAGUUGGGUGGUGUCACAAUGGCGUUCACAGGCUCUGUGGGAAGCCUGCUGCUGACAGCGCUAGACCGCUAUCUCUGCAUCUACCAGGCUUCCAAUUACAAGGUGCUACUAACACGCUCUAGAGCCAAGCUGGCUAUAAUUUUAUUAUGGUGUAUGACAAUUCUUAUCUCCUUUCUCCCUCUGAUGGGUUGGAGGUGCGCAACUUGGUUGGAUCGUCCUUGCUCCCGUCUUUUCCCCUAUGUGGAUCAUCACUACCAGGCCUGCUGGUCAGGCCUGCAAAUCGUGGUGCUCUCCCUCAUCAUUGUGUCCUAUGCCCUCAUUCUAUGGAAGGCAUAUCAGCAUGAAGCAGUAAUGGGUGGACCGCAGAUGGGGAGGCUGAGUCUUCGAGGACAAGCUAGAAUGCGCAUGGACAUCCAGCUUGCACGGACCUUCAGUUUGAUCCUCCUGAUCCUUGCAGUGUGCUGGCUGCCUGUCCUUUCCUUCAUGAUAAUAGAUGUCUCAAUGAUCCUUACAAAUGAACAGCAGCGAAUGUUUGCUUUCUGUAGCACACUCUGCCUGGUGAACUCAUGUGUGAACCCGCUUCUGUAUGCCCUGCGUUGCCGAGAGCUGAGGGGAGAACUUUUAAACUUGCUGGGAUGUUUCAAAGCAUUGAGGGAACGUAAUUUGGACAAUACUCAUGUCAUUCAACAAUAUAAAAAUGGUUGUGGGUUUACAAGAAAUAAUAAGGAUCUUACUCUCAGUGACAGUAAACAAGAAACUGUUUCUGAGAGUAUUGACGAGCAGCAAAACAGCGUAUAAAUAUCAUAAAGUGAAGUGUUUUGUUAAUAAUUUUCAUAUUAAUAAUUUGUCAACUCUUUUAUUCAUCUUUGCUAAGGAUGCAGGAAAGCCCACAAAAUGUAGGACUUCAGGAUAAUAUUAUCAUGCAUAGUGUGAUAUCAUGGCUAUGUUACAACGAUAAUGCUUUGCUUCUGACAUUAAGCUUCUCAUUGCAGUUCUGUUGUUUUGCUGUAAUAAUUGUACUGGACAUCAGAUAAUAAUGGCAUUCUAAUAAGAACAAAAACCUAGGCAACACAAGCUGCUUAACAGGUUUAUAAGUUUAUGAGCCCACAAUGUUUUCCAUUACCUAAUUUGCAUAAAAUGUCUCCAAUGACAAAUCAAUCAACUCAAUUUUAUGAAGGCUUUCCAUCAAAGGGCUUUGCUCAAGGUUCAUCUAUAUUUAUAUAUAAAGAACCAGCCAAAAUAGUUGGGUCCAGUGAGAAUUAACUUUGGGAAGAGAGGUUCUUUUGCAUCAUUUUAAAUGUCUGAAGAAGGUUAUACUCAUCUCCGACAGGAUGCUGUUCUAAAUUAAGCUGUGUAAAUUGAGUUAAAUAUUUAUAAACUCACCCAGUCAUAACACCAUAAUGCAAAGAAUAAUGAAAGCUGCUCACUGGACCCUGGCAACAGUCACAACACAAGGCUCUGAUAAACUGAUGGGGCAAGUUCUUUAGCUAGACAUACCUGAAAGCCAUACAGUGUGUUUAACAAUCUGUAAAAUAUUCCACAGCACACACAACAUUUGCAUUGUAAAAAUAUUCUGCUGUUAAUGCAGGAUAUAAACAAUAAAUUAAACAAUAAGAAAUACAAUUUAGAAAUUCCUAUAUAUAGUAUAGAUGCCUUCAAGUUUACUUGUUCUGAACUGUAUUUAUUUAUGUUUAAGAGUAGAAUGUGUUGGGAAGACUUGAUAAAACUCUGUAGUACACUAGCUUCAUUAUCAUCUAGAGAUUAUAUUUGUAAACAGAAGAACACAUUUUAAUCAGUAUUUCAUACAGUACAACAAUUAUACAGCUUGCUUACUAAAAAACGUAAUCUGGCCAUUGUGCUCAGUUGUAAAAAGUUCACUAUCUCUCUGUGUAAAAGGCUAUCUCUGCAGAUAAACUUUCUGGGUUGGAAUGUCCUACUAAACACACAAAGAACAGCUGAGUUUAGACCCAAGCAUAAAAGACUCCUUUCCCAGAGUAUAAGUAGUUUACACUGUGAAAUAAAAUACCCCCACAGCAUUAAUGAUGACUACUAAACUUUACUUCCCCUUUUGAUAGAUUGUAACUUGUGCUUUGUGGCAGUAUAUUAUUGUUGCUAGUUUCUGGCUUAAUCACAGUUCUUGGUUUGUAUUUCUUACUAGAUUAUGAAAAGUAAUUGUUAUGAUGAAACAAUAUAAGUAGGCCUUUAUUCUUGUACAUUGAUUUGUUAACAUGUUUGUCUGCAAAGAACGCAAAUUGGAGUGUAACUGAUGUAAAUUUAUCCUAUACAUCUAAAAGGUUAGUUCACUCAAUUAAAAUUCUGUCAUUGUUUACUCAUCCUAGUGUUGAUCUGAACCCAUAUGACUUUCUUCUUUAAAUGGAACACAUAAGAUGUUAUGCAGAAUGUAAGCUUAGUCACCAUACACUUAAAGGGUUAGUUCAAACAAAAAUGAAAAUUCCCGUAUUAUUUACACA